ACGUUCCUUUCUUUUYUUCAUUACUGCACCGAAAGAAUUGAUUGUUUCCUUCGUUCUUCCGUUGAUUUGACACUSUCGCAAUAAAAACAAUUCCGUUGCAUGAGUAAUGCAGAUCAAAARAUGAAACGACCAAGGCGAGAGCGAAGAAUCUUUGUGGAACCGUCCCUAUUUUUGGGUAGAACGACGACCAACACUAAAGAUGCCACUGGGAUGAGUAUCUCUUCUCUYGGGAGAAAAAGAGCGAAGCAAUUGGCARCACUAUUUUUGAUGUCGACGAUCGCAACGAUGUGGACAGCGUCGAACGUACAACCCGUCCACUCCCUUUCGCUGAAUACCUCUGGAGGUGUUGCGAACAGAGCCCAUCUCAACAUCUACACUCAUUCGGACUCUUCGAAACGGAAGAGAAGCCGAGGACACGCUUGUUUUUCUAUUUCGCCGCCGGCAAUCCCGUCCUCGUCGUUGUUGCUUGCUACUCCAUCGUCGCCGUCGCAAUCGUCGUCUACGUCUGGUGCGAAGAGAAAACCACGGCACAACCAGCAGAACCCGAACCGCCGAAACAAUAACAGCAACCGAAACAWAUACAGAAACGGAAACGCUGCAGCAGCGCCCACURACCCGGUUGCAGACUCUCGAUGGCAACGAGCCGUGCGAAUCGAAACAAGGACGCAAAUCGCGCUGGAGAAUCUUCAGCAACGCAACAACAUMAACACCAUGAACACAGAGACAAACACAAUCACCAAACACAAAACCGACGAAUCAAACCAGCAAGACACCGAAAAAAAUAGUACUAGCGACCAACGGCUGUCUCCCACGGGGAAGAACACGGUAAUCAUUCGAAGACGCAACAGCGGAGUCUUUUCGUCGGUACCACCCGACAACAAGUCUGAUGAUACUGCAUCAGCGCCACAGACACCUGUACAACGCAAUCCAUCAGUGCCCUUUCCCGACAUUCGCGAGUGCAACUUUGCUCUGGCAGCCUUUGGGGACAGGGGCGAUCUGCUGCGGGCCCUACGGCUCUAUUUCAAGAUGCGAAAGGCAACCCAGAUUGCCCUUUCUGCGACUACCGAUGCAGCAGCCAAUCCGAAAGAAGCAACCACACUUGUUCCGACCCCGACCCUCGUGACUUACUCUACCCUGAUGUCACGGGCAAUCUCUGURGGAAAACCCCAGGUGGCCUUACGGCUAUGGAAGAUCAUGAGGAAACAGGUAGACUUUUUUUCGUACGCCUCAUACAGUACAACUGCCGCGGCAACCGGGACCGGAUCCGUUGCUUCCAUCAAGGCGACGGACCUCCAGAAUCUGAUCGUUCCGGACGUGAAAGCGACCAACAUUUUGAUGAACACAUAUGCCAAGAUGGGGGACCUCGAGGCCGCAGAAGACCUGAUGUUGCAGAUGCAAACCAGGCCGGUCUUACAGCAGGAGAAUGAAAUCACGGGGAAUGGAGUUGGCAACGGAAUCGACAAUGAUAAUCCAAAGACCAAGUCCUCGCCGACGACGUCGUCUCUCCAACAAGUCGUCUUUGGCGGCGGAAUGGAUGUACCCUUUCUCAAACCGAACCUUGUGACCUACAACACGUUGCUAGACGCAUGCCAGAAGAGCGGUGAGCUUGAAAAGGCGCUUUACUGGAAAGGGGUUCUGGAACACGAGAGCAAGAAGAUGGGACGCGGCAGUGGUAGGACGAACAUUACCUAUCGAACUGGACAGACCCUCUCGAUUCGGCUUCRACCUGAUGUUCGAACCUAUACAAGCCUGAUUGGAACCGUUGCGCGGAAAUCUAGACCCUUGCUAUCCUCUUCCGCCGCUGAAACAAGCAACAGUAAUAAUAGCAGUACCAACMACAACCACAGCCAGUUUUAUGGGACGCAUGAUCCCUCGUUGGCCUUUUCUCUGCUUAACGAAAUGAAGACAAAGCACAGAAUUGCCCCCAGUCCACUGACGUAUUCGGCAUUGAUCGAUGUCUGUGGGCGAUGCCGUCGCUCUGAUUUAGCUCUCAAAGCCUUGCGAUUGAUGCUGCGGGAUGAACAGAUGCGAAAACGCAUGAGGCGGCUAGCGGAGAAAAACAACACCAAUAGCAAUAACAAGAAUAGACCCGGUCCUGGAGCUGCUGCUCCCGAAGUUUCGAUGGAUCAGCAAACUGUAGGUGCCUGGACAGCGGCCAUCAAUGCUUGCGGAAAAACAGGCCGCAUYGACACGGCUCUGAAAAUCUUUUUUGUGUCCAUGCCGCGCUUCAAGGUUCAGCCGAAUGUUAUCACCUGCAGUUGCCUCCUGGACUCGCUGUUGAAACAAGGCAAGACAGCCGAAUCUCUUGAUGUUCURCGGUACAUGAAAUCCCACAAUCUCCAACCCAGUGAAUACAUAUAUACAAGUCUCAUGACGUAUGCCAGCCGGUUGGCGGGCUUGGAGCAACAAAAGGGGAUGCGACGAAACCAAAAUUAUUUUCCCCGUGAWGAGCAGCAGGACACAACCUACAACCCUAGAUCUACCGCAAACACUGGUACGAGUGAAGACGAAGAUUCUGAUAACACGAACCGACCUUGGCCUUCGCUUUUGGACUCAGUUCAGAACGAAAAUGCAAUCGAAGAAAAAGUCAGAGAUGCUUUUGAUGACAAACAGAACGGCGAAGAGGAUGACACAAAGGCUGUAGAUAUUUACAGUGAACUUAUGUCAACCUUGAUUGCUACUACGAAGACAUCGCAACAGUCAUCAUCGAUACCAAAAUUUCCACCGGAUUCUGUAGUAGCAGCAAGCAACGAGCUAUAUCAGGUUUCCAUGGUAUUCCGAGAAAUGAAGGCGAGUGGAGUUGUUCCMGAUCUGGGUUCAUACCACACUUUGUUGCGAUCUUGUGCCAACGCUGGUGACAUCGACCGCGCACAGGAGAUUCUGAAAGAAAUCCAAGACUCUGCUGUUGACCUGCAACCAAACGAUCGAACCUGGAGAGCCGUCUUGCGCGCAGCUGGAAAAGCAAAACGAUCUGACUUGGUACUAAAGACUUGGAAUUCGGCUGUUGCCGAUAUGGAUGAAAAUUCCGAGAACGAUGAAGUAGAAGUUGGUGCACCUGCAACAAGCAAGAGCUCAUCGUCUUCGACGAGCACUGCUUGGAAAAAAAAGAAACGAAAAGCCAACAAAUUAAGUAUACACACAUUCAGGACGUUGCUCACGGCUUUGUUGGUGUGCGCUUGGAGCCUACGCGAAUCCGACCACUAUACGAGUGUUGAAUUGUACAAAAUAGUGAUCAAGUGCUACAAUACGCUGCGGUCUACUGCGGCUUCGAAUCCCACUGAGAAAUCGUGUUCAGGACAAUCCGUGAUUGCUUCAUCCAAGUUGACAACGUCGUACAUGGGUUUACAUCUACUAGAUUCAAACGCAGCAAUGGAAAAUCCGCAGAUCAUGGCAUCUAUCUUGCAAGCGGUUGUUAAUUUAGAAUCUCUUCUAGAGAAAGACGACGAGUGGAAGGGAAAACUCAAGCGGCUGGGUGUGUCGCUAGCGAGAACGAGUUGUCUCCGUGAAUCUCUUCAACCGUCUUCGGACAAUCAACAAACAAAAUCUGUUACGCCACCCUUGUCUUAUUUCGACAAGAAGGCAUUGAGAAUCGCUAKAACCUGGUCUUGAGUCUGGAGAAUUUUUCAAAAUUUCAACCCGAAAAGUCAUGAGAAAAUGGACCACUGRAGGGAAAUCAUAAAUUGUUUAAUAUUUCUUAAUCUCGUAAAAAUCAAGAAARCAUUUUCUUUUAC